AUGACGGGGAGAGGUGGAGUUCUUCCAAGUCAGCCCGAGUUCGCCAAGUGGACCGAUGACGCAGGCGAGUUAGCGGGUCCGUCCACUGAUCGGUCUCGCGGACGUUUUGCCGAGGCGGGGAGUCGGGACGACCCGGUGCGGACUUCAACUGCGGUUAUCGUUGCCAGGGAGAUCGGAUCACAUCGCACCACCACCACCACCGCCGGACCACUUCAGACAUUUACGGCACGUACGGAAACUCGGUUGCCUCUGCAGUGCAGUCGUUCUACUCCUCCUCUACGGAUCGACAGUCGACUGACUCGGACUGAUGGUCACAGAUCCUCUGACCGACCCCCUGCCCGCCCGACUGAUCGUCUGACCGCGCUGCAGAGGGUGGGGAGCAGUCUUACUAAUGUCACCGUCACCGGGAGCAACGAGGGACGGCAGAGGGCCAGGCCAAACCGCGUUCGUCCGUGCCUGCGCUCGAUGUUCGUGGAGCCGGGACCUGGUAAACGCUGCCCCGACCUCAGCCCGCCGUGCCCGGCCGGCUGCAACUUCCGGCCACGGAGACGAGGAAAAAACAAACUAGACGACCGCUGUGCCUCUCCCCCGGCGCGACGCCCAGCGGGGAGAAGGCAAGCCAAGCGGCCGCGAGCCAGUGCCCGCAACGGUCGAUUGUCGGUCUCCGACGCAGAGAGAGCAGGACGACGACUGGCAGUCAAGCCGGGACGGUCGGUCUCUGGGAGCGUGCGAGCAGGGGCGCGGGGGCGCGGGGGCAGGAGCCGAGGACCGGGAUCGAGACAGAGAGAGAGAGAGAAGGAGCGAGAAGAGCCUUCCGGGGCUAGAGGAGGAGCGGGGCGAGAGAGGGGGCCGAUGAGCGAGAGCAGGAGCUCGAGCAAACGCUCUUCCGCGGGGGCUGCCGCUGCUGCUCUUCGACUUCGACGACUGUCCUUCUGGCGCGCGGGCGCGAAAGCGAGCAAAUUUGGCUGCAGCAUUAUUUUUCCUACUCUCGAGGAAGAGCAAGGAGGAGGAGGGGGAGGAGGAGUUGAACGAGCUUCGGUGGUAGAUAAGCCAGAUCAUGCAAGAUCAGCCGCGCGGAGCGCAGGAUUGGACUUCUUCGUCGUCGUUGGUCGCGGAGAUGGUGAUGAAGGCGAUGAUCUCCGAGCGCGUUAG